AUGACUACAUUAUAUGUUUCACAUUUGGAUUACUCUCUUAAAGUUGAAGAUAUCCAAAAUGCUUUUAAAACUUAUAAUCCAAAAGAAGUAAAAAUUAUUUCAACUCCAAUUGGAUAUUCAAGAGGAUUUGCUUUUAUUGAAUUUGCUACUCCACAAGAAGCUGAAAAAGCACUUGAAAUGGAUAGACGUACAAUUGGAAAGAUGGAGAUUAAAGUCCAAAAAGCACUUCCAAGAGAAGAAACUACAACAGAAAGAAAAAUGAAUAGACGUGGUUUUAAAGGAAAAAGAAAUACCCGUAAAAGACAUUUAGUAAAAAGAACAAAUGAAGUAACUGAUAAUAUGUUAUUCAUUAAGAAUUUACCAUUUGCUAUUACUGAAGAAAAACUUAAAGAAAUGUUUUCUAAAUUUGAAGUUGUUGAAAUUACACUUAUUAAGACUCAUAGAAAGAAAGGAAAUGUUACCAAAAAUAAUGGUAUUGCUUUUAUUACUGUUAAAACUGCUGAAGAACAAAAGAAAGCUAUUGCUGAAAUGAAUAACUUUGAAGUAGAAGGUAGAAAAAUUACAGUUGCUGCUGCUUAUAAGAAAGCUGAAAACAAACAAACUACUAAGAAAACAAAUGAACCAAAAUCACUUUCUGAAACUAAUGUUUUCGUUAAGAAUUUACCAUUUACUUUAAAUGAUGAAGGUUUCAAAAAAUUAUUUGAAAAGUAUGAUGUUGUUGAAGCUACUAUUGUAAAGAGACAUAAUAAAAAAUUAAAUGUUGACAGAAGUAAAGGAUAUGGUUUUGUUACAUUCAAAACUGCUGAACAACAAAAGAAAGCUAUUGCUGAAAUGGAUAACUUUGAAGUAGAAGGUAGAAAAAUUACAGUUACUUCAGCCUAUCAAAGAGCUGAGAAGAAAGAAGAAACUACUUCCAAUUAA